AUGGAAGGAGGAGAUAGAGAAACUACUGCGGCGGCGGGAGCAGCAAAGAAGGACGCGAAAGCUGAUCUCAACAAUUGGCUUCCGGUCACUGCUUCCCGGAACGCCAAAUGGUAUUAUUCCGCUUUCCAUAACGUCACCGCCAUGGUCGGCGCCGGCGUUCUUGGCCUCCCUUAUGCCAUGGCUGAGUUAGGAUGGGGUCCGGGGGUGGCGGCGCUGCUGAUAUCGUGGGUGAUGACGCUGUACACGCUGUGGCAGAUGGUGGAGAUGCACGAGCCGGAGGAGGGGAAGAGGCUGGACCGGUACCACGAGCUCGGGCAGUACGCGUUCGGGGAGAAGUUGGGGCUCUACAUUGUGGUGCCGCAGCAGCUGAUGGUGCAGAUCGGAGUGAACAUUGUCUACAUGGUCACCGGCGGCACCUCCCUCAAGAAGUUUCACGACACCGUCUGCUCGGCGUCCUCCGCUUCCUGCCCGCCCAUGACAAGAACCCACUUCAUCAUCAUCUUCGGCUCCGUCCACUUAUUCCUCUCUCACCUCCCCAGUUUUAAUUCCGUCACCGUAAUCUCCCUCGCCGCCGCCGUCAUGUCCUUCAGCUACUCCACCAUAGCGUGGGUAGCGACGGCGCAGAGGGGAAUGAUGCCGGAUGUGCAGUAUACCCCCAGGGCUUCAACCAGCGUCGGAAGGGUGUUCCAAUUCUUCAGCGCCUUGGGAGAUGUGGCGUUCGCCUACGCCGGCCACAAUGUGGUGUUGGAGAUUCAGGCCACCAUCCCGUCGACGCCGGAGAUGCCGUCCAAGAAACCCAUGAUGAAGGGGGUGUGGGUGGCCUACGCCAUCGUGUUUCUGUGCUACUUUCCGGUGGCUAUCAUCGGAUUCUGGAUGUUCGGAAACUCUGUUGAGGAUAACAUCCUCGUUUCCCUCCAAAAACCCGCUUGGCUCAUCGCUGCUGCUAACAUGUUUGUUGUCAUCCAUGUCCUCGGAAGCUACCAGGUUUUUGCAAUGCCACUUUUUGACACCCUAGAAGGGUGGCUAGUAAAGUCACGAAAUUUCAAGCCGACAAGACUACUCCGAAUUACUACUAGGACUAGUUAUGUUGUAUUAACCGCGUUCCUGGGUUGCACAUUCCCUUUCUUUGGUGGGUUACUUGGUUUCUUUGGAGGCUUUGCCUUUGCACCUACAACCUACUUCCUUCCUUGCAUCAUGUGGCUCAAGAUUAAGAAGCCCAAGGUCUUAAGCUUGACUUGGUUCAUAAAUGUGAUAUGCAUUAUAAUUGGGGUUGCUUUGAUGGUAUUAGCUCCGAUAGGUGCACUGAGGCAGAUAAUAUUGCAAGCCAAAGAUUACAAGUUCUAUUCAUGAUUAUAUAGUGCAGUGGGCUAAUAUAAUGUGGACAACACAUUUUUAUUUUUAAUGUUGUCGUUUGUUAGUGGAAUUAGUACUUACAUAUAUAGUUAUAACCCCCUGUUGGUAAGGUUAUAAGUUAUAACCACCGGUUGGUAGGGUUAUAUAGUUAGGGAUUUAAUUUCGAGGUAUUUUAGUUCC